AUGCGCGCGGUGGGGGGGGCGAUGCGGCGAGGGACGGCGACGGAGGCGACGCGCGCGGGCGAGGCGUACCCGGAACUUCGAGUGAAAGCGCCGGGACGCGUGGUCGCGAUCGGGGAUUUACACGGGGAUAUCGGACAAGCGCGACGGGCGCUGCGGUUGGCUGGGGUGCUGGAAGACGGCGAUGAUGGAGUGAAUCCGAAGUGGGUCGGCGGGAACGCGACGCUGGUGCAGCUGGGCGAUAUCCUGGACCGCGGCGACGACGAAAUUGGCAUCUUGAUCUUAUUGCAAAAGCUGGAUAAGGAGGCGAAGAAGGCUGGUGGGGCGGUGUACGUCAUGAACGGGAAUCACGAGGUGUUGAACAUCUCGGGUGAUUUCCGGUACGUCACGCGAGGGGCGUUCGGCGAGACGACGAGGUUCAGUCAGCACUUGGUGAAGCUCUUUGGAGAUAAGUUCCGAGACGCGUUCGGGAUCGACGAGGAGGACGCGUGGACGAGACAAAGUAAGGCGCGCAUCGGGUUAUUCUCUCCGGGCGGCCCUCUCGCGCAGCAGCUCUCGAUGCAUCACACCGUGCUCAUCGUCAACGACACGGUGUUCGUGCACGGGGGGUUGGUGCCCAGGCACGUCGAGUACGGCCUGGACAAGCUCAACCGAGCGGUCUCGGACUGGAUGCGCGGGAAGGAAAUCAAGGACGACGAGACGCGCACGGCGCUCGGGAUGGCGAUCGGUGGCGUGCGCGAUUCCAUCGUUUGGCAUCGCGGGUACGGCACGGAGAACUUUGCCACGAAUCAGGACAGAAGCAGCUCGUGCGAGUUGCUCGAGAAGACGCUGGGCAUGAUCGACGGGGCGAAUCGAAUGGUUGUUGGUCACACUCCGCAACUCGGAGGCGCGAACUGCGAGUGCGACGGUAAGAUUUGGAGGAUCGAUGUCGGCAUGUCGUUCGGCGUGCUCGGCGCAGAACCCCAAGUGCUCGAGAUUGACGGCGGCGACGUUCGAGUGAUUACCUCGGCGUCUUCGCGCACGCCUAGUCGCCUAUAA